AUGGAUGUAGAGAAAAUCGCGAUGUUCGCCGGCGUGGGUUUCGCCAUCGCUGUUGGUGUCUUUGUCCUAUGGGGCCCUUCGCCCAAGCCACGGAAAAAAGGUCAAGUUAUUGGGAUCAACAAUUUGGGAUAUACAUGUUUCCUGAAUUCUCUUUUGCAAGCCCUAGCUGCUUGCCCUACAUUUGUUUUCUGGCUUCAAAGACAACAGGAGAAGAAAGAUAGAAAUUUUGCCGACACACUGUUUACUGUUCUCAAAAAAAUCAAUGGUUUCGCGGAUGAUUUAUACGGCAAUGUGACGCCUGUUGAAAUCAUCUCCUCCAUUGGCUCAUUGUGGAAUUUUGGUCCCGGUCAUCAAGAUGCUCAUGAGUUAUUCCAUGUGGUUCUUAGUGCAUUAGAAGUUGAAAUGCAACCUGUGAAUAGAAAAGGUUGUUUGUCCGAUGCACUGCCACCAAGUCCAAUUAUUGAAUCAGAUAUGAGAGGAAUGGGUGAUAGUCUAAAUCUCAGAAGCGCCUCCUGCAAUGACAUUGCAUCAGUAAAGAACAAUUCCGAUAACCCAAAAGGUUUUGACAAGAAUUGCAACAAUCAGAUGAUGACCUCGACUUCGUCCAUAUCCAGUAUGUCCCCGAGUUCAUGCAAGCCCGGUAUGAUCCUCGCUAGAUCAUCAGAACUAUUGUUGCAAAGCAUUCAAAGCAAUGGCGACUGUAAAAAUCUCUUCAGAUCGUGGAAAUCUUUGUGCACUAUGCCAUUUACCAACAUUCCCUCAGUCUCAGUGGAGACUCAUCCAUUCUUAGGCUUGAUCACUAGCCAAAUUCAAUGCAGUGAUUGUUUCUGGAAGUCCUCAGUGCGUUAUGAUAAGCUUGAAACCUUGUCGUUACCAUUACCACCGCUCACUUCGCCAUUUACACAAUAUCAUACUUUGGAGUUACUGCUAUCGCAUUUUGUGGACAGUGAAAUCGUGCGUGACGUGCAAUGUGAUGGAUGCUCGUCGCGUUGUACCGCCAUCAAAACUCUCACUCUCGGCAAACUGCCUAAGUGUUUAUGUUUGCAUAUCCCAAGAACCACAUGGAGCUCUUCGGGCAUAUUAAUUAAAAGGGACGAUCAAAUCACGUUUCCUGAAUUUCUGGUGCUAGAUCCUUAUACUUAUACGGAAACGAAAAAGAGAAGCGCGCAGGGUGACGCACAAUUUCUUAAUUUUAUGGCAAUACAGGGUAAACAUAAUUACCGAUUGUGCGCGGUAAUUGAGCACCGCGGGCCAGUCGAUUCCGGCCAUUUUGUUUGCUUCAGACGCGGAAAUAAAGCAGAUCAAUGGCUGUAUACGUCCGAUGUCAUUGUUGAGAGCGUAUCACUGACGCAAGUGCUGCUUGCCAGUCCAUACCUACUCUUCUAUGAGCGCAUCAACAGCGCUUGUCCUAGCUAGGAAUAAAUUUUCAAAGUGAUAGGCAAUCCAUAGGAAUAAUGAAAUGAUGCGAUGAUUAACCAAUUCGCUCUUUUUAGCCACGCUUUCUCUACAUACUUUUAACAUUUAAAGCGAAGCGAUUGCCUAGCAACAAAAAUUAUGCGGAAGAAUAAAAUCGCAAACAAAUUGAAAUUGUAAACAAGUAGAAAGUGCAGCUAGAAAGAACGAGGAAUUUAUGAAAUGCGAGAGACUGUCGAAUUUUCCAUGAGUUCAGUAUCGCUCGAUGUGCGAUAACACUUUAUUAUAAUAUAUGACUAUAGAGCAUGUGUCCCUAGGUGAUAUUUCAUAGCGAAAUGUACCGAGUAUAUAAUCUGAAAUUCAAGAAUUUCAUUAGUGACGAAUGCGUCAAUAAUUGUCAUUAUUAGAUGCUGACAAAUCUGCCGAAAUAGUUUUGUGAAGAAAGAAAAACUCUUGCUUCUACAAUACAUAAUAAUAGUAAUAGAUUUCUACUUCUGAAAAAAUGGUCAAUUCUUACAAAUUAUUUAAUUAGUUUACAGUCAUAUCUUUCUUUUAACGAAGACUCGAAUCGUGCCAAUAACAAAUUCUGCGAAUUAAAUUUAUUGAAAGGCAUGUAAGCGAGAUGUAUAUUUUUAUUACAUUUAUAUUUGGAACUUUUUAAGUUCCUACAAUAUAUUGUGCAAUUGGUAAAAAUAUUGCUAUUAUCAAAGACUGCAAAUUUGUUAAUUUGUAUAUAUUAAAGUCUUUCUUUCUAUAAUUGGCAUAAAAAGGAAUAUGCGAAUUAUCAGAAUAAAUUUACUUUAAGAAUAUUAUAGAUACGUAAAUAUGUAAUUUAAAAUCUUACGAAAAAUAUAUUAAAAUAGAA